UAUGGAUUUUAAAGAAGUGAAUGGCAAUUAGUACCAUAGAAAAAAUCACUUCGAUGUGGAUGUUAGAGAGAGGGCAAGAAAAUAAUUAGAAUAAGAAAAGGUGGAAUAAACCAAAAAUAAUUUAAGAAGCAAGAUUAAAUCACUUGAAGAUGUACAUAGAAGAGACAGAUCCGGCAAUAAAAACAUGAAUAAUUUUCAAGGAAAUGGGAAAAAAUUCAAUAACUGGGGAAAUGAAAGAGCAAUCAACAGAGUAUUAAAGAGAAAAGAAAGAUAAUAGAUCAAUGAUUAAAUCUGAAUUUUCUAUAUUAUUUAAAAAAAGAAUUGUAU